AUGUUGAGUGACAAGUGUGUAUUUAUCAUACUCGCUAUAUACCUAUCAGGAAGUCAAAGUGAGACAGUACGCCAGGACCAAAGAGUUGGAUCACGUUUCUUAGGAACUCUCAACAGAUACUACGUAUCCUCAUGGGGGCUCGUCGUCAAUGGCACCGAAUACAUUAAUUUAGUUAACACGGAAUCUGCCGUCAAUGAACUGGAAUUCCUCGACGGGUCACAGAACGUCGCUAUAGUCAUUCACGGGCGGGACAGUUCAGCCUUCAGCGAGUUUGGCCAAACGCUACGAUUAUCGUUUAUAUCAAGCGAUCGUCAGCUGACAGUGAUUUUAGUAGACUGGGCUUUAGUUGCUUCUAUGGAUUAUGCAACAGCAACCAACGCGGUACCAUUUGUCGCCGACGAUAUCAUCGCUUUGAUAGUACAACUGGAGGCUGCGAACAAGAUUGAUCGUAGCCUGGUUCAUAUUGUGGGCUUUGAUAUUGGAGCACACAUUGCUGGAGUUGUUAGCAGAGAUUCGCGUGCUCGAGUUCAGAGAAUAACUGGUUUAUCUCCCGCCGGGCAAAAUUGGGAUUCCUUUUCCCGUCGUUUACGAGCCACCGACGCUAAUUACGUCGAGGUCGUACACACCGAUUACUCGGGCACAAGGGCUUUUGGCAUUAGAGAGACGAUUGGUACAGUGGAUAUAUUCGCUAAUACUGGCACAAGUCAACCAGGCUGUUCGAACAACCAGUGCAACCACGACCGGGCCUGGCAGCUGUUCGGGGCGACAUUGGACAUGGGUGGCCACCUGAUAGGCCUUCGAUGUGAUUCUCUUACGGACAUGACGAGAAAUCGAUGUGUCGGUGCGCCCGCUGUUUCCUUGGAUACCAAUGAUUUAUUUAAACUGGGAAUGCAAGGCACGUUCGCCGAGACCAUGGUACGACGUAUUAAUUCAUUGAUCGCAUGGUGUCUCGGGAACCGCCCCGCAGCCCGGGAGCAGCUCAGGCCGUGGUGCCCAUUCGCUUCCACCGCCAUUCCACAUAUACAGCGAUGGGGCUCGCACACCUUGGAACCCAGCCUUUUAGUAUGCAAGAGCACCGCAGUGAAACAAUCAGUAUGGUGCUACGAUGUUAAUGUUCGGAAUUUCGUCAGUUAUCAUCUAACUUCGUGGCAACAUGCAGUUGGAGGUAUUGGUAUGAAAGAAGUGGAAAACUCUAUAUCUGGUGUUGCUGCCCUAGACCUCACUGGGAACGAGCACGUAGCUAUUGUAGUACACGGUCGAGAAAGUGGUAUCUACACUGAGUUCGGGAACACCCUUAAACAUUCCCUCAUAACAGCAGACAAACAAAUGGUCGUCAUUUUAUUUGACUGGUCGUUCCUAUCUUUUGUACCCUAUGAAGAUGCCGUGAUUUUUAUCCCCUGUGUCUCACACGAACUAAGAAGCUUCAUAGAAAAUAUGGUGGCAGCGGGGAAGUUGAACAGAAAUCGCCUUCAUCUCAUCGGCUUCGAUCUGGGAGCUCACAUUGUAGGCAUCGCGAGUCGCAAUAGUGUCGCUCGUGCCGUGAAAAUAACAGGUCUGGACCCAGCUGGUAAUCGUUGGGAUGCUUUUUCCCAACGUCUUAGACCUACCGAUGCGCAGUUAGUCGAAGUGAUCCACACCAAUGGUAACGGAGCGCUCGGAAGCACACCUUAUGGUAUCGGUGAACCCAUUGGCACAUUGGAUUUCUUUCCCAACGGAGGGGACAGGCAGCCUGGCUGUGGCACCUUUGACAACGCUUGUCACCAUAAGAGAGCUUGGCAGCUGUUUGCGGGAACUGUUGAUACUGGCGGUCACUUAAUAGCUUUGAAGUGUCAGAAUAUGUCUCAAGUAAACAAUAAUCGCUGUGUUAUGACUCCAGUUGCAGUCAUGGGGACACUGGCUCUAGUGAAAUUUAACACCGGUCUACAUCGGGUCAAUACUGGAAGCAUUUACCCUUAUUAUUAAGUUUAGUUUUGCUGAUCAAAAUAUGAAAUCUAAAUGUACAGAAUUAAUUUCAUUACAAAAUAU